CGUUAUUCUGCGCGGUGGACUACCAUUAAAGCCCUUCUCCCCUUUCUUGACCUUUCAGGAAAAACUUCUUCCGAAAACUAAACUCUUUCGUAUAUUUUGUUUGUUCUUAGAUCUAUAAAUAUCGAACGGAUUAGAUUUUGGGUAUUCUUUUCUAUUUACUAAACAUGGCAUCUACAGAAGGGUUGAUGCCAAUAACUAGGGCUUUUCUUGCUCAGUAUUACGAUAAGUGUCCAUUAACUCCUGUUUCUGAAGAUGUUGCUCGUCUUACUUCUAAACUCCGGUCUAUGUCUGAUGAUUUGAUUAAGGAAGUUCCAUUGACUGAAGCUGAAAGUGUUUUAGCUCAGGAAGUUGAAUCCGCGACUCCACAUAAAAUCGACCAGAACAUGUGGAAGAACAGAGAACAUAUAGAAGAAAUACUCUAUGUAAUGGAAGGAUCUCACUGGCCCAAAAUGGUUCCUUUGAAUUUUGAACCUCAGCGUGGACAUAUUUUGCAGCUUCAGCAGCAGUCUACUCCCGAAGAAAUUGAAAUUGGUGCUACUCUCAGAGAGCUCAAAGUUAAAUUGCAGAGCACAUUGAAAACAAUGGAACAGUUCCACACUAAAAAUUCUGAUAAUGUAUUUAAUACAGUUAUGACCUACAUGCCUCAAGAUUUUCGAGGAAAGCUCAUUAGGCAACAGAGAGAGCGAUCUGAAAGAAAUAAGCAGGCUGCGAUUGAUGCUUUAGUUAAUGCCGGUGGAAGUAUACAUGAUCGAUUUGCUUUACUAUGGGGGCAACAAAUGGAAAGACGAAGACAAUUAGCCCAGCUUGGCAGUGCAACUGGUGUCUACAAGACGCUUGUGACAUACCUAGUAGGGGUGCCACAGGUUUUACUGGAUUUUGUUAAAACAAUAAAUGACGACGAUGGGCCCAUGGAAGAGCAAAGACAACGUUAUGGACCAUCUUUGUACUCCCUUACGGACAUGGCCAUUUCUAUUCGGUUUUAUCUUCUUCUCUCUUGGGGGGGGUAUGAGAUUAGGAAAUUGCAAAAGGAUGAAUUUCUUGUUCUAAAAGAGGCAGUGCAUACAUAUACAUCUGAGAUGAAUAGACUGGCUGAAUUUUUCGGAGAGGUCUUUGCAAACUCCCCAUUCUUUAUCAAAGCGGAGGAUGCUGGCAUUGGAGAGAACAGUGAUGAUUACAAGGAGACCAUCAUUCCUGUGGGAAAAACACAUGAGGUUUCACUGCAGGUGGACUCUGUUAACUCGUAUAUCGGUUGGGAUUUCUCAUUAAUCCAAAGCAAAGUAACCAUGGAUAUUGGUUUCAGUGUGGAGUAUAUUGGCCCCUCCGGGGAAAAAAUAAUGAUCUUACCGUACAGGCGUUGUGGUUCUGACCAAGGGAAUUUCAGCACACUCAUGGCUGGAUGCUACAAACUCAUCUGGGACAAUUCAUACUCGACCUUCUUCAGAAAGACUCUACGAUUCAAAGUAGAUGCUAUUCCUCCUGUUGCAGAUCCAGUGGAACCAGAAGUAGUAGCUGAAGCUGAAGGAUGAAGAGAAUGGGAGCCUUCUCUAUAUUUCUGACUGCUGUAAUACAGUCCUUGACCUGAUCUUGUUGAUUUCUGGUCAAAUUCAAAUGUAUCAUUGAAAUUUCUCCCUCGCGUUUCUAUAUCCUGAAGAUCCCUUUUACUUGACAUAUACGAGGUUAUUACCUGGCAAGAUUAUGGGAAUUUGUAAUUGUAUAACUCAAAUAAUGCUUUAGAAGCUGCAGGAUGUUCAAAUUAUGAAAAUAGUUACCAGUUAAAUUUGGCAUCUG